CGCCGGCGAUUGGCGGGCGCGGCGGUUGGCGCUUCCGGUGCGGCUGGCGGAGCGAGCGCGGCCGGGCGGGAUGGAGCGGGCCGCGGCGGCGCCCGGUGCCCACCCCCGCGCUAGCGGCUGCGGCGCCGCCCGCGGCGCCCUACGCAAUGGGCUCGUGCGCGGCCUCCCCGCGGCUCACGCUCAGAUAAAUCAUAUUGUGCACAAUGGAGGAUUAUACAAAAGGCCUUUCAAUGAAGCUUUUGAGGAAACGCCAAUGCUCGUUGCUGUGCUGACCUAUGUAGGCUAUGGUGUUCUCACUCUUUUUGGAUAUUUGCGAGAUUUCAUGCGGCAGUGGAAGAUUGAGAAGUGUCAAAAUGCAACAGAAAGAGAAGAACAAAAGGACUUUGUCCCAUUGUACCAGGACUUCGAAAAUUUCUAUAACAGAAACCUCUACAUGCGCAUUCGGGACAGCUGGAACCGUCCGAUCUGCAGUGUGCCAGGGGCCAAAGUGGACAUGAUGGAGAGAGUUUCCCAUGACUAUAACUGGACAUUCACGUACACGGGGAGAGUGAUAAAGGGCAUUAUUAAUAUGGGUUCCUAUAACUACCUCGGAUUUGCACAGAAGGAGGGGACUUGCCAAGAAGCAGCAGCUGAAGUUCUGUCCCAGUACGGAGCUGGGGUGUGCAGCACUAGGCAGGAGAUGGGAAACUUGGACAAACAUGAGGAGCUGGAAGAGCUAGUUGCCAGAUUCCUAGGUGUGGAAUCUGCAAUGACAUAUGGAAUGGGGUUUGCAACCAACUCUAUGAACAUUCCUGCUUUAGUUGGCAAGGGCUGUCUGAUCUUGAGUGAUGAACUGAAUCAUGCGUCACUAGUGCUCGGAGCAAGACUGUCAGGAGCAACUAUUCGAAUCUUUAAGCACAACAAUAUGCAAAGCCUGGAGAAGCUGCUCAAAGAUGCUAUUGUGCAUGGGCAACCUCGUACACGGAGGCCCUGGAAAAAAAUUCUUAUCUUGGUGGAAGGAAUAUACAGUAUGGAGGGAUCCAUAGUUCGUUUACCUGAAGUGAUUGCCCUUAAGAAGAAGUACAAAUCCUAUCUGUACCUUGAUGAGGCUCAUAGUAUAGGUGCCCUGGGUCCCAGUGGCCGGGGUGUAGUGGACUAUUUUGGACUCGAUCCUGAAGAUGUGGAUGUUAUGAUGGGAACAUUCACCAAAAGCUUUGGAGCUGCUGGAGGAUACAUUGGGGGCAAGAAGGAACUGAUUGAUUACCUCAGGACAUACUCGCACAGCGCUGUGUAUGCGACAUCAAUGUCACCUCCUGUUGUGGAGCAAAUCAUCACCUCCAUGAAGUGCAUUAUGGGUGAAGAUGGUACAACUGUUGGGAAAGCACGUGUGCAGCAGCUAGCAGAAAACACGAGGUAUUUCAGGAGACGACUGAAAGAGAUGGGUUUUAUCAUCUAUGGAAAUGAAGAUUCUCCUGUUGUGCCUCUGAUGCUGUACAUGCCAGCAAAAAUUGGUGCAUUUGGGCGUGAGAUGCUGAAACGGAACAUUGGUGUUGUGGUUGUGGGUUUCCCUGCCACCCCCAUCAUCGAGUCCAGAGCCAGAUUCUGUUUGUCUGCAGCUCAUACCAAAGAGAUGCUUGAUACAGCUUUAAAAGAAAUCAAUGAAGUUGGGGACCUUUUGCAACUGAAAUAUUCCCGUCACCGUUUGGUACCUCUCUUGGACCGGCCGUUUGACGAGACAACAUACGAAGAAACAGAAGACUGAACUCCCUCCAUGUCCUUUGGCGGGAGGGACACACCGCGUGGGACACUCCGUGGCAUUCAGCGUCCUUGAACAACACACUUAUGACUGCUUAGCAUAAGACAUUUCCUCACAGUACUGAAGUGGGCACAUCAACUCUACAUGGCAUUUUGUAAAUAGGGAGAGGACAAAAAAAAAGCUUUGAUUCCUGUGUCUUCAGGGUCUGGCCCUAAAGGUGCUUGGCUUUAUUUUUUUCUUGUUGCUUUUUUAUUUAUUUGUCUCAGUGAGUUCACAGCAACCCAAAUUGGCUGUGGCUGAUCAGCUCAAACUUUGUAUGCACCAUUAGCCUCGCAAAUGCUGGCUGAGAUGUCGUGAGCAUGUGUGACGCUGGCAUAGCAGUAUUUCCAGUGUCACUGCUAGGUGUCUGACCUUCCCAGUAAGGAAUGAGCUGACCUGUGUGUUAUUGGAGACUUCCUAGAGAAACUGUUGAUUGCUAACUUUGACAUAUUUAACAAGAUGGAUAAUCAACCAAAGGGUUUUUUGGUUUUUUGGGUGUUUUUUUUUUUUUUGCAGUUACUUGUGUUUAAAACUUGAAUUUAGCCUUUUUAAAAUAAAUGUGUUGUUGACAUGUCACUGACAGGACCAUUGUUCCCAAACAUUAUUUAGUUUUGUAAACCACAGGCAGAAGGACUUCUGGGACUCUAGCCUCUUUUGCUUCCCAGUAUGAAUACCAGAUUGUCUCCUGGUUUUGACACUAAUUGUCCUCUUGAUGUAGGGUAAGUGAUGGAGAGGGGUUUUGUUAAUUUUUUUUUUUUUAAAUGGUCUGUGUUUUGUCUUUCUUCUGUCAUACUUCUGUUUAGUGUUCCGAUUAGUGUUUGUUGCUUUGUCAUCUGCAGGUUAAUUUCUCUUGCUUUAGAAAUAUCAUAAACCCAUGAACAAGUAACUGCUAAGUUCUAGAAGGGUGUUCUUGGUAUUAAGUAAAGCAUAGCAAGCCUUCUGUUUCUUAAGACCAGAAUCCCUCAAUAAGCAGGACUGUAAAAUGGAUGACUAUUAGGAGAACCACUUAUUUCAUGCAGAUCUGUAAAAGACUGAUUGCUACCCUUUGCCGUGUUAAUUCAUCGUUUCUUGUCAUACGAGUUGUUCUUCACUGGCCUUGUUGUGCAAGGCUUUUAUGUGAAGAGUGUAGACGUCUUGGAUCUUGUAUCAUACAUUUCAGCUAGCCAACAGUCUCAGUUGGCAGCUCCGUGUCUGUGUAGCCUUCCAUGAACAGAGAACGUCCUCACAAUUGCACUUAGUUUGACAUCUUUAUUAUUUUGCAUUUCUGUUACUGUGAGAUCAAAUUAAUGUUCACUGAGCCAGUUGCUGUCUGGAAUCUUGAUUUGCAAGUUCCACACUAUCUUAUCAAAGUUUAAAGUAGACACUUUUGCUUCAGCACACCUUGGAGGUUUUCUGCUACUUAGUCAUUGCAUCUUGAACUUUUUCGGUGAACAGAAUAGAUCAUUGAAGAGGUACCAAAAAUUUUAUAGCAGGAGUCAGUUGCAGUAUAGUUUGUUUCUGUAUUUUAUACGUUGGACAUGUAGGGUUUCUGCAAAGAUAGUAGACCUUUAACAUCAUGUCAUUUAGGUUGGGCCAGCUCUUCAGCUUGGGUUAACAUGAUGCUAUUUGCAGGUGACUGGAGCUUUUUGAAGCAGAUUUUUCAUUGUAAUGCUAAAGCAGAGUGCAGCCCAAAGCCAUUUGCCUGAUGCUGCAAAACGAUGAUUUUUUUUAAAGUUCUUUUAUGUUCACUUUGCAGUAAACAGGAAAGGAACGCUUUGGCCAUUAGAACCAAGCACUUCUGCAAAUACAUCUGGUGAAUUAAAGCAGAAUUGGCUUCUAUUUUAUUUUGUAUCUCUCUUCAUGUGUUUACAAAUUUUUAUUCAGUUUUAACGUAAUGGAACUUCAAAACAUUGAUAUGGUUUUUUUACCAUUGCAUAUCAGAAAUUUAAUUGGAUGAAAAGAACUAAAACUGACUGUUUCAAAAUAAGUCCAGGUAAUUGUUUGUCUUAGUCCACUAGUGUUCAUCUGCUCACCUUCUAGAGCUCAGUGAGUGCAUGGUCCAAGAAGUCUGUAACCUGUAUGUGCAGCCUUGAUAGCUAUGGAGUAGUCUCACUUGUUCAGCCAUGGAGUGAGUAAAUUGAAAUUACAUGAGCUUACUUUCUUGCCUGUGUUCUACCCAUGACUAGCUUUAACAUUCCAGCAGAUGACUUGCUUUCUGACUUCAAGAAGCUUUACCUCAAAGAAUUAUUGCUUUUUUUUUUUUUUCCUUCUGGGAUUGCAGUAGGAAACAUGAUUCCAGUCCUGGUCCUCUUAAUUUGAUCAUGGUGGACAGCCCUGGUCCUGUUGACUUUAAGCUCAGACAAAACUGACCAGCAUGAAGGCAUAAGCAUGGGUCAGUAGGGAGCAGUUUUGAGCAUUCCUAAAUGUACAGCGUGCUUUUGUCUGCUGCAUAGUCAAGUCAGUUUGAAAAUGUGAUGUGUUGUAAGGAGUGGAUUACUGUAGAUUCUACAAGUCUCAAGUCUUAAUCUUGUCUCUGGGAUUCAGUUUUAGGGCAGCCUGUCUUUAGAAGGGAGAAAAACAUCUGGCUAAGUCUCAGCAAUUUAGAUAACUCCUGUAUAACACUUCUGAAAUUGUCAGUGUUUUAAAUUGCUGGUCCCCACUGGGAUUCCAUUUGUACCUGAGGAAAGUGUUUCAUGCUGAACUUCGGCCAUUUAGUAUCUUUCUGCUGUCACGCUGUCUGGAUAUGACUUUGAAUUCUGGGUUGCAAAGACAUUUCAGAAAUCAUUCAGGUAGUUAGUAGCAUUUGCAGACUGCUUGGUUACAUUUCAGCCUUUCCGUAUUCUUUUGGGGAAGCAACUCCCCUCCUCCUUCCCCCGGAUGUUUUUAUUCCGGGCAACCUCUUUUGCCAAAGUCUGAUACCUGUUGAAGCUGCUUCUGAAAAAGUAAGAAGUUACAAGUCCAAGACAUUACACUUCUAAGUCAGUAAUUCACCGAGCGUGAAAGCCAGGAAAAUCUUUUCACAUCUACUAAAAAAAUCCACUGCCACAACCGAAGGAGCAGACCGCUGCUGGUUUGUACGAGACAAACCUACAGCGUGUAUGCUGUCACGGUAUGUAGGAUGGAUUGCUGCUAUAUUUAUGUACUGACCAGAAAUCUGUCUCCUUUUUGUCCUGGCAGUAGAAGUGCAUGAAAGAACCAAUCUUGAGAGAUCACAAAGGAAGAAAAACUGCUUAAGAAAUAGACUUCAGUCCCUGCCAACUUUUCUGAGACAUUCUAAUUGAAAAUGACUCCUGGUAUUUCUUAAGAGGUGCAAAAUUCAAAAGAAAAUGAAGGCUACUUUUGAACAAAGGAUUUUGCCCUGUAAUGUACAUUGGCUAAACUUACUCUUAAUUUUACAAUAGUUAGCUUCCCAGUACCUCUCUGAAGAACUUAGCAAGAAAGAUUUUUGCCUCUGCUGAGCAGAAUAAAGAGUUUAAAACCAUUAUUGUUUUCAAGGCUGAUGGCCAUAUUCUUGUAUUCUUAAACUGAGAAGCUCCUAUUACCGAGCAUCAGCAAAGAGAGAGAUCUGCUCCUUGUUAGUAAAUGCCCUUCCCAAGCAGACCUUUGUCUUAAGGAGCCUGAUUCAGAACUUUCAUUUAGCUCUUUGGCAGAGAAGAAACCACGUAUUUUUUGUGUCAAAAUAUUCAGGGCUUUUUGGUUUUUUUCACCAGACACAAAGUUUUGUAUAGUAUCUUUGUAUAUGGUAUAUUUUACUUUGUUUAGUUUCUCUAUUUUUUCCCUUGUAAGAAGUAUCCUUAAAGAGCUGUUCUUUGGUUACUGGUGUAGCACACUUCUGCUUUAGGCAAAGACUCAAGAGUGAAUUGACUGAACAUCUUAUCAUGAUGAAGUCAUUCAGUUAAGGAACUGCAUCAUUGAUCCUCCUCUUGCUGUUUCCUCUAAGACUGUAGAAGUGAUACCCACUGUCAGACCUGCACCUUCACACAGAGCAGGAAAGAGGAGUGUGGCCUUGAAAUCAGUGACCCAGCCCUGUGCUGUGGAUGAAGUACCGACUCAGCAGAGAUGGAGAAAAGGGGCAAUCAUCACAUUCUCAGCUGUAAAGGGAUCUUCCAUGUCUGCUUGAACAAGCAUCCCUAAGACGGGAAUGCAACUUUCAGUGCUUAAAGGGACACUCCUCUAAAACUUUUCCACACCAACUAAACCAAUACUUCCUCUCCUUCUGUGCAAAUUUUAAUUUCUUUACCUCUGAAAAGCAUUUGACUUACAGCUGUCUGCUCAUCCAGAAGCCAUGUUAUCCAUUCAGACAGAUCAUAAGAAAGGUUGGAGGAAAGCUGUGAGCAUGAGCUUUCCAUUUCAUUUAGGAGAACACCUUGCAGCAUUGGAUCUAGAGUGCCAUGCAUAAGCUCCCUUGCCACAUUGCAGAGGAGGAAACCAGGGGAGAUUUAUCCCAAUAUACAAUGCCCAAUCAAAAUUUUUACAGUUUAUAUGUACAGUUUAUACAUAUCUAUUUUUUACAGUUUAUACUCAGCCUGUGAAAGUGUCAAGCAUGCUGGGAUGUGUGUGGGUGGCACCUUCUGCAUAGAGAUCUGAGGUACGCAUGGUCUGUUCUGUUUUAACACUAGUGAAGCACUGAGCUGUCUGGGAGAGCCUAGUAUGACCCCUCAGCAGGUGCAUUGCUGGCUUUGGUGCUGGACCUGAAAACCAAGUGGUAUUAGACCACUGUUUGGGAGAGGCACCAGUCAUUUGACGUGUGUAAUUUGAGUAUGGUUUUAAAAGAGAAACAAAAAAAAACCAAACAAACAAACAAAACCAACUCUGAUGCCAUUGUGAUUCUAUGAUUCCUGUAAACAUUGCCAGCUUUGCAGUUGUUCAUCUUUUUAGGGAUGUGGAUGUGAAGCUAGAGCACAACCAUAAAGUGUUUGUGUGAAGUAUUGUGCUUUAUCUUCCACUACAGAGAAGCGUUUGGUGCAGCCAUUGGGCAGUUGUGUUUAUACCCCCUGAAGGGGCUGGGUGAAGGAGAUGGCAGCUGUGGUGUGUUGAAGGCCUUAAGCUGUGACUCUUGGUAUGAAGAAUUGAAAUUAAAACUGAUCUUGAAGAAUGCAGUGGAGUUUAACCCAUGAAAGAAUACUCUGUGCCCAUAGUUAAGCAAUAUGUACUGCUGUUUACUUGGGAGAGAGAGUUUCAACUCAAUUUGUGUUUGACCCUGGUAAGCAGCAGCUGUUUAAGGAGCAGAAGAGGUGCCUCUAUGCAAAGGCCAGAAGUAGUGCAGUUGUUUGCACUGAUGUUCCUGUGCUGCUGAAAGCGAGAGAAUUAUUGAGAGGGUCAGGGACUUCAGAAGCAGUGGCAGCUAGCAAAUUAAUUUCCUCAACAACACAUGAACAGGUCUCACUUGAGUAUGCCAGGGGUUGGUGCUGUUCCAGAAAUACCCAUGGCAAAGUGAAACGUAUUCCAAACCAUCUGACUACUGUAGAGCAUUUGGGGAUUUUUCCAAAUCUCAUCCUGCUCAGACAGUAUUUCUGCUACCCCCUAAUGGUAUAUUAAGCUAAAUGCAUUGCCAGCCUCGCAAUAUUAUUAACUUCAGACCAGUUUGAGAGAGAUCAGAGGAACACUGGAGCCUGAGGCUUUAGGCUAGCAGCCCAAAGCCAAUGGUGGCUCACAUUUCCACAAGCCCUGGGUGGAAUUACCAAGUCACAGCACUUCAUCUGAAAUUGCACUGUAUUCUUAUGCCUCUGUGUUGCUAUAAUGUACAUAUAUAUUGGAUUUUUUUUGUAGAUAAGACAUUUUAGAUAAAAUUUUUAAAUGGGCUUCACCCAAUAUUUUAUGCCAGAUGUCUAAUUUUUUUUACACUGGGGAUUAACAUGAAGUUGGAUGCUCUGUGGGCAGGGAAAAGAUAAAUAGGUGGUAUAUUGGCUUUACGAAGGUUAUAAUGCAUGUUUAAAAAAAAAAAACACUGGAGAAAAAAACUGCUUGGGAAAAAGAAUCCAUUCAAAUAUAUUCUAUGUUCUGCAUAAU